AUGCAAACCAAGCUAGACGCCAGUCCUGAGAGUUGGGUCUCACAGCCUUAUCUCAAGCCGAGUGGGGCCGAAAUUGGCAGAAUUAUCGGCGCAUCAGCUGAGAGAUUGCUACCGGGAGCCGAUUCAUCAGUAACUCAGGAGACCAGCUCUGCUGUCUAUCAUGUUGUCGAAGGUUCCGGCUUGACCAAGGUUGGGGACGCUGUUCUACACUGGAAGCAAGGUGACACGUUUUGCAUUCCAUCGUGGCACCAGUAUCAACAUUUUGCAGACGCAGAUAAUACUGUCUACCUCUAUAGGUUUGAUGAUAAGCCAAUGCUUAAGGCGUUGGGGUUCUAUCGAGCCGAAGGAGUUGAUGUAGAGACCUACGUGUCGGAGUAA